UGGUGCGUAAAAGCUGAAUUAUGGAGAACGCGUACGGGAUAGGAAUUACCAACCGGUUUGGUUGUUUCCUCCGAAGAGCUUCUUCCGACUCUGAGGAUGAAACUGAAGAAGUAUUGAUGAAGUCUUCCGACGUUGCGCCCAAACCCAAGCCUAAAAUUGCUGAAAAGGAAAAUCAAAAGGUUGACGGUUCGGCAAAAUUGGAUAAAACCAAUGCAGCUGCAAGGAAGGGGAUUCGUGACUCGAACCAAAAAGGCAAUGAUGCGGCAAAGGGACAAACUGGUGGAGUUGGUAAUAGGACAAUUACGGCUAACAAUGAUGGCGGUCAACAGAAACAGAAUCGUCCCCCACGAACUGAUCGGCCACCAUUUGACAAGGAACGAGGCAUGAAAUUUUCGGAAGAUGAUCGUGAAGAACGUAACAAUCGAAGAAAUCGUGAUGAUGGAAGCCGUGGAGACGCUGGUGAUUUUGGUGACCGCCGAGGUCGAGGAGGGGGCGGCGGCGGCGGAUUCCGAGGUGAGCGUCGAGGUAGUGGACCACGUGGAGGGGGUGGAGGCGGAGGAAUGUCUCGUGGUGGACCCAGGAAACGUGAAUUUGAUAGACAAUCUGGUUCUGAUAAGAGUAGUGGUGUGAAAUCCGUGGAUAAACGUGAGGGUGGUGGAUCAAGGAACUGGGGUACUUAUAAGGAUGAGAUUGAACCGGAGACUACUUUGAAUACAACUGUUGGCGAGGAACCUACGGAUGACAAAAUUGAAAAAGAUCAUACGGAUGAAAAAAAAGAGGAAAAGACAGAGGGUGAGGAAGCUGUUGAAAAUGGCCCUGCUGAACCGAAAUUGAUGACCCUUGAAGAAUGGAAGGCUGCACAGCAACCAAGACAAAAGCCGGUGUUUAACCUUCGAAAAGCUGGCGAAGGAGAAGAUCAAGCCCAAUGGCAAAAUCUGACCUUGAAAAAGAAGGAGAAAGUUGUUGAUCAAGAAGAAGAGGAAGUUGAAGACGAAGAGGAAUAUGAUUGCCCCCAACGAGCUGGCCGACAGAAGCAAGUCUUGGAAAUUGAUUUCCACUUUGCCGAUUCCCGACGUGGCGGACCAAGUGGUGAACGUCGUGGAACUGGUGGACGUGGACGAAGCAGCACUGGAGAUCGAGGAAGUGGUAUGGAUCGCGGAGGAGAUCGCGGAGAACGAGGUGGGGAUCGCACUGGAGAUCGAGGAGAACGAGGUGGAGAUCGCGGUGGGGAUCGGGAUCGUGGAGAGCGAGGUGGUCGUGGAGCUCCACGUGGAGGUGGUGGAUUCCGCGGUGGGCGUGACAGCGGUGAGGGAGGAGGAUUCCGUGGUGGAUUCCGUGGAGGACGAGGUGGUCGCGAUGAUCGACCCACACGUCAAGCUGCUCCACGGGUUGAUGACGUGAACGAUUUCCCAAGCUUGGAUUGAUCCCGUUCAUAUGCAUCACAUCUCAGCAUCUUCUUCAGUCAAGAAACAUCAAUAUACUACUACAACUAAACCAACCAGCUUAUACCCGUACUUGCAAAAAAAUAACAAUUCACACAUUCAACCGCCAUCUAUAACAAGAGCUAAAAAUAUUUGAAUUGUUGUUUUUAACAAAAACAUCGUCGACAUUAACCAAGAUCUGAAAUAGUCGAAACAGUUCUCCAACAGCUCUUAUUCACCUUCUCUCUUCUGUAAACGGAGUUGUCAUUCUUCGAUUCAUAUGUGCAUUUUCUUACAACAGUCCUUACGCAAAUAACGUAAAAAUAUUAUCACGUAUAUAAUUUUAGUGGCAGUUCUCCAGUAAAAAACUGGGAUAUAUAAGAUGCCUAACUUUUUAAUUAGAGCAAAUAGUAUAUAUAUAUAUCGAUAAUGUCGCCGUCGUCUGUAUAUUGCAUACUUUUCUAGUUCAUUAGCAGUGUGUUCUAUUUUACCUGAAAAACACGCUGUACUGUGAAGUAAAAAAACACAUACGUUCGUUUAUUGUUAGAGAAAAACUAAGUUGUUUUCCAUUUCUAUAAUCUAUAUGAUUCUCUCUAUAUUUACAUAUUUCAAAAAGAAAAAUAAGGAGCUCUGUAUGUACCACGGUAAGUUACUUAAUUGUGUCCGAAUUUAGACUUAUCAUGGGCAAUGGUUUAUUAUUAUUAUAUAAAAUAUGGUUCCGGUUAAACGUAACACGCGGAGAACGUGUAUAAGAUACGCACUAGUUGAGGUGCCUAAAGGUUUACCACUAAAAUAUUAGAAAUAUUAAGAAAUUGUUGAUGCAUGAUAUAGGAUGGGUUGUCUUUUAAUACUGUUGGGCUAUCAUCACCAAGAGGGAAAUAAUAGGUUUCGUUUAAUUACUCCUAUGAUUGUGGGUGACUGUUGUGAUAACUUUCGUAUUUGUGAAGAAUUAAUGACAACUUAUAUGCCUCAGUGUGUAAAAUCCAGUUACUAUGUAUUAUUAGUACCAACCCUAACUAAGUAUAUGCACAUGACUUUAUCCCUAAUUGUUAUUAAGUAAGGGUUAAUUAAUAGCUAGUUGCAGUCAUAUUUUUAACGAAUUUUUUUUGUUUUAUCUAUCCAACUUAAAAAAAUUAAAAUACAGGUAUACAGACUUCAAAAAAUCCUUUGUGCCCUUUUAUCAAUCUCAUCCCCGUUAUUUGUCCCGAAUCAUUUAAAAAAAACUAUUUGGUUACCGUUUAUCCGUAUCUGUAAAAUGAGUGAAUAGAUUCACCGGAAGAGAAGAUGACCGACUACCAUCAUCAUCAGUCAUCCACAUUUAACAAUUGAUUAAUAAUGAAUAAAAUUUCCCAUCAUCAUUAGUUAUUAUUAUUAUUAUAAAUAUAUUAUAAUGAUAAUAAGCUAUUAUUACACAACUAUUCUAUGCAUACAGCCAGCCUGUGUUAACUUAUAGAGCUCAUAGACUUAACAUGUCGUAGGAGGUGAGGAAAGGGGAUGAAAUGAAAGAAGAAAAGUAUUGGAUAUUUCUAGUUUAUAUUUCAACAACGAAGAGAAAUAUAAACUAGAAAUAUCUGAGAGAUUUUCUUUAUACUCUUGACCUAGUUUGUUAGUAGUAUGACGAGUAUAUAUAAAUAUAUUUGAAUAUGUCGAUGUUAUAAUAAGUAAUUCCUUAAAAAUUCAAAAUUAUACAUACGACACAAUAACUUUGUUCGUUGUUGUUGGCAAUUUAUGCCAUGUUUGCAACAAAAAAAAACAAGUCAAUUAAUCAUUGUUACGUAUGUAGUAGAGCGAGUAUCAUCAUCCCAAAUUUAUUAUUGUUAUCGAGUGCCCAGUGUGAUUUUUUUGGUCCAACGAUAUUGUUAUUACAUGUUCGAUUGUUGUACUCAAACAUUAAUUUAAUAUUAUUCUGUUGAAAUUUGUCACGAUAUGGCGUGUGUGGUAGACUAUGUACACAGAAGAAAAUUGUACAAAAUUCCUAAAUCAUGAACUGUUUUUGUCAUCACUCACUCGUGUGAUUAGAGAUUGAUAUGUUUUUCUUCUUGUUUGCUAAUAACUCUUCCUUCUUUUUAUUAAUAGUGUGAAGUUUGCGAGACAAAAUUAUUUGAUUGAUUUGAAUUUUAUUAUUAAUAAUAGAAUAAUAUUAACUAAUUAGUCGUAGAAGUAGUGGUCCAAGAAUAUAUUGUUAUCUUAAAAAAAUAAUAUUCUGUAGCUUUUUACUGAGCCUGAAGAAACCGAAAAAAUGUACAUAAGUUAUGGUUCGUAUUUUUAUGGUUAUGAUGAUGUUAUUAAGUUUAGUACUCUCUCAAGUUUUUUUUAGUUUAUUGUUCCAAUAAGAGACGGCCAACGUAAGUAAAUCUAUAAAAUCUGUAUACUUUUAAUAAAUUUGGUCCAUACAUUAUCAAUUCUUGAAGAAAAAAUUGAGGAAGCUCAAAAAAAGUAUCAUUGUUAACGUGUUCUGCGUUUGAUAUGAAAAAUACUACUGCACACAUAAAAAUAAUAAUCAACAUUUAUAGAGGCUGGUGUGACAUCACAUUUAAAAUUUACCAAUUAGAAAAUUGCAAAAAUGUGUUAGCUAAAAA